CUAGGACCCGGGGCGCCGCCCAACAGCUCCGGCGUGGGCGGGGCCCGGCAUUGUGACGCCGCGGGGCGGGGUUUCCCGGCGCCCGAGCGGACGGACGCUGAGACGCGCGCGGGCCCCGAGGCCGCAGAAGCGCGCGGAGCGGCGAUGAGCAGGCGGCCGGUGGCCCGCGGCGCGCGGAGCUGGUGACAGCCUCGGCCAGGCGGGCGCUGCGAUGGAGGCCGAGGGCCUGGACUGGCUUCUGGUGCCACUGCACCAGUUGGUGUCCUGGGGCGCGGCCGCAGCCAUGGUCUUCGGAGGGGUGGUACCCUACGUCCCGCAGUACCGGGACAUCCGCAGGACGCAGAACGCCGACGGGUUCUCCACCUACGUGUGCCUGGUGCUGCUGGUGGCCAACAUUUUGCGGAUACUCUUCUGGUUUGGAAGGCGCUUUGAGUCCCCACUGCUGUGGCAGAGCGCCAUCAUGAUCCUGACCAUGCUGCUGAUGCUGAAGCUGUGCACCGAGGUCCGUGUGGCCAACGAGCUCAACGCCAGGCGCCGCUCCUUUGCAGCUGCAGAUAGCAAGGAUGAAGAAGUCAAAGUCGCCCCCAGGCGGUCCUUCCUGGACUUCGACCCCCACCACUUCUGGCAGUGGAGCAGCUUCUCGGACUAUGUGCAGUGCGUCCUGGCCUUCACGGGCGUGGCAGGCUACAUCACCUACCUGUCCAUUGACUCCACCCUGUUUGUGGAGACCCUGGGCUUCCUGGCCGUGCUGACCGAAGCCAUGCUGGGCGUGCCGCAGCUUUACCGCAACCACCACCACCAGUCCACGGAGGGCAUGAGCAUCAAGAUGGUGCUCAUGUGGACCAGUGGCGACGCCUUCAAGACGGCCUACUUCCUGCUGAAGGGCGCACCUCUGCAGUUCUCCGUGUGCGGCCUGCUGCAGGUGCUGGUGGACCUGGCCAUCCUGGGGCAGGCCUACGCCUUUGCCCGCCACCCCCAGAAGCCGGCGCUGCACGCUGUGCACCCUGCUGGCACCAAGGCCCUCUGAGAGUGGGGAGGACAAGGAUGUGGACCAGCCAGCCACAGGCACUGGUGGGUGCUGUGGCCGCUGUAGGUGUGGGGAAGACGGGGUCCAGGUGUUGGGGUCUCCAGCCUCUGUGGAUCUCUCUGGGUGGGCGGUGGGGGUGGGACAGCCAGGGUGGAUCUGAGUCGGAGAGUUUCGGAUGUACUUAGGGUGAUAUAAAAAGCGUUUUUCCCGUUUCCUCUUACGAAACACCGUCUGAGUCUGAGGUACACAUGGGGCAGCGGAAGGCGGCCUGCAGGAACCUGCUCCAGGUGGACCCAUGGGCCAGCAGCUGCAAACCUUGAAGCUGGGGUGACCUCAGGAGACCCUGCAAGUCCUGUGAGCGGAGCCAUCGACCCCGCAAGACCCUGGCCAGACACCCUGCUUGGACUGGGGUGGCCUCUGCUGCCCAGGGGUCUGGCACCGGGGAAGGCCGGGGCUUUCUCUGCCUGGUACACGUGGAAAGGCGGCUGUGUGGACGCAGGGUCACCAUGCUCCUGGUUUUCUGGCAGUUGGUGUUUCCUGGGCCUUGAGAGCGGCUACCAGGCCCGGACGCCUCGUGGCUAUGCUGCGUCCAGCCCUGCUGAGCAUCACCAGGCGUAGCUCACGCUGCUCGUCAGAGCCUCUGGUCCUCGAGUCCUUGGGGACGUGGCAGAUGCCAGCGACUAUCAGACAACGUGGAGGCCCUCAUGGGCGAAGGCUGCGGGGGCCGUGCCGAGGCUGUGCACACGCGCCUGCACGCCACCCUUGGGCUCCACUGGCAGAGAUCCCCUUCCUUCUAGACGCUGACUGCACCUCCGGAUACAGCGUUGAUGUCCAUUUUCCAGGAGAAAGGCAGCCUCGGGUCCAGGGAGUGGAGGGGCUGCCCCUGCCACGCAGGUCCUGGCCGAUGGUCCCUCACCCUGCCGCCCUGGGCUUUUGGCCUGAAGCAAAUUCCUGAGUGGGAGUGCCAGGGCCUACCCCCUUGUGCUGGCUCCCAGUUUCGCUACGGUGGGAGCUGCCAGUCUGACCCUUGUCACCCCAUGCUCUGCCCCCACCCCGUUUUCAGUUUAGCACGAGGUCACACUGUGUCAGCAGCCCUGCACUGACCGCAGCCGGCCCCCAGUCCUCAGAGUUCUGGAUGCUUCUGUGCGGCUCCAACAGGCAUCGUCUUCCCUUCCGCUGGCGGAGGGGCCGCUUCCCGCAGGCAUCUGAGCUCUACGCUGGGGCCGUGGCUGUGGCCAUGAGAUGUUCCACGCUGCCGCCUCCUGAGUUUCCCUCGGAAACACUCUUGAAUGUCUGAGUGAGGGUCCUGUUUAGCUCUUUGGCCUGUGAGAUGCUUUGAAGAUUUUUAUUUUUUUAAGAUGAAGCAAGAUGUCUGUAGCGGUAAUUGCCUCACAUUAAAAUGUCACCGAUUGCAGGCGCGGUGACUGCUGAAUGUAUCCCGUGUGGUGACUUGGAAUCAAUAAACCAUUUGUGGAUCC